UUUCCGGCAUGUGUUGCUCUGCAGCUCAACAACUGUGAGGAAACCAGCGUCGCGUCUUGCGAGCCUGCACCAGUUCACUGACCAGCAUUAACACGGCGGGUCACAGCGGGACCGAGGACCGAGGACCAGACAGGCUGCCAGAGAGAGAUUGAAUCCAGCAGUCACAAUGGCAGACAGCGGGAAGACUAAUGAGACUGGAGCCGCAGCACCAGAACCAGCUAAUGGAGACCAGCAGACUGUUGUUUCACGAGUGAGCAACUUGCCCCUGGUCAGUUCAGCCUGCGAGGCGGUUUCCAGUGCCUACAGCAGCACCAAAGACAGCGUGCCCUUGCUGAAAGGAGUGAUGGAUGUAGCAGAGAGUGGUGUCCGGACGCUGGGAGCAGCUGCCACCACAGGGUCCAAACCUCUUCUGGACAUCAUAGAACCACAGCUGUCCACGGUAAACGAGUAUGCCUUGAAAGGACUUGAUAAGGUGGAAGAAAAGCUGCCUAUUCUUCACCAGCCAGCAGACAAGGUGGUGUCGGACACCGUAGGAAUGGUGUACCAGUCCGUGGCAGGAGCCAAGGAUGCCGUGUAUGGGGCUGUGAUGGGUGGUGUCGAGCUGACCCGGGCAGCAGUCAGUGGAGGUAUCAGCACCAUCAUGGGCACCAGGAUGGGCCAGAUGGUCAGCAGUGGGAUGGGCCUGGCCCUCAGCCGUUCCGAGGACUGGGUUGACCAGAACCUACCAGUCACAGAGAGGGAGCUUGCUGCUGUGGCUGAACCUGUCUCCGGUGAGGUCACUACCACCUCAGCCAGCCCUAGCUACUUUGUCCGUUUGGGGAAACUCUCUGCCAAGGUACAGGAGCGAGCUCUACAGCAGUCUCUGGUCCGAGCGCGCCAUGCCAGGGAUACCACCUAUGCCGCGGUGGGUCAGAUUACCAGCACUCUGGACCUGCUAGAGCGCACCCGUGCCGGCGUCGGUACAGUAAGUAACCAGAUAGAAGGAGCCUCAGAGCAGCUGCUGCAGCGCUGGACAGAGUGGAAGCAGAAGCAGGAAGGAGAUGGGAAGACGGAGUCAGAGCCAGAUGGGACCAAAAAUGAAUCUGAGCAGCUGGAAUGGAGGGCCCUCUCUAUGGUGCGUGGUCUGAGUGAUCAGCUGCGAUCAGCAUGCUCCGGCGUGGUUUCAAGCGCUCAGGGUCUGCCAGGUGCAGUCCAGGACCAGCUGACCAACGCAAGGCGAGCUGCUGAAGAACUACAGUCCUCUCUAGGGAACACUAGUAACAUCACACCCCUCCUUCUGGAGCGGAGCCGUCACCAGCUGAACCAAAUUCAACAGUCCCUGGAUGGUGUCAUGGAUUAUCUACUUAACAACACACCACUCAACUGGCUGGUGGGACCUUUUACUCCACAGCUGACUGAGAAAGCAGAGGAAGAUGUGGCCAUGGAGCAGGCUGGCCCAGACAACUAGACCCCUUACUACAGUGACAGGAGACUGGUGUUGACUGUGUUGGAACCGUUUAAAUAUUCUCUAUAUCUGCUUUAAUGAAAGAUGCCUUAACUUUUAUGUAAUCAUGUUUUCCUUGUAAUGCUCUAGAAGAUGUUGACACUACAUGUAUCACGUGAAAGUUAAUGUAAUUCAUUUGCAAACACAAAAACGUAUGCCCUGUCAGAAUCUCCACAUGUGUACACUAAAUUAUUUAUAAGGUUAAACAUGAACAUAUUUUCUCGUGUCUUUGAACAUAGUGCAUUAAUGUUUAACUUUUGUUGGUAGUAUACACAACAUUCCCCAAAAUUUGCCAAACCUAUGUUGCCUCUGAACCUUUUAAGCUUUCUUGAAUUAUAUGUAGAGUCCACAGCUGUGCAUUUCAUGUUUCAUUUCAUUUGUUUUAAGGUUUUUAUUUCAGUAUUUGUUGUGUCUGAACUUUGAUGGGUUUAAAGAACUAAUGGACUGUGAGUGAGCUGAUGCGUCAAUAAAUAUUUUGGCACGGCA